AUGCUGGCUUGGUUCGUUCAUGGCUUCAAUGAGAACAAUCAAUUGACCCCCAACUUCAUCCUCGUUCUAUUCAUCGUUGCGAUUCUUGCCUGCGCCUGGGCCAUUGCGACACUUGUGCGACUCGGUUCAACUAGACGGUCGGCGCUUUUCGUGGCCUUCAUCGACCUCUGCUUUGUCGGCGCCUUCAUUGCUGCAGUCUGGUAUCUGCGUGGUAUCUCCAGAGCAGAUUGCUCCAACUUCUCCAGCGGCUCCAUCUACAUCGACCUUGGUCCCUUUGGCUAUUAUGGGCGGAGCAGUGGUUCCUCGUGGGCACUCAACAUCAAUAAGAACUGCGCCAUGCUCAAGGCUUCCUGGGCAUUUGCCAUCAUGAACACCAUCUUCUUCUUCAUCACAUUCAUUCUCGCCCUCUUCCUGCACCGUCAUGAAAGAGUGGUCGUGACCAAAGAGGUUCGAAGAAGACACAGCCACGGCAGCAGGAGAGGCCAUUCACGCUCGGGAUCAAGAAGAAGUUCUAGCCGUCGUCGGUACUACGUUUAA